CACGGUCCCGCGCAGGUAGCCGCCGACGUCGCCGCGCCCGAAAGGUUUCCCACCCUCGUCCCUGUGAAUCAAAGUCUUGAAACAUGAUGCAUGCUUCGUCGAUGAAUAGCCCCUCCCACCAACAAACUACACAAACUCAUCCUCGCAAACGAAAACUCUCGUGUGACGAUGAAUCUUAUUUGCUCUCCCCCUCGUCCUUGGACGAAGCAGCGUUUCCAUUGAAAAAGGUCAAGAUGACCUUCGAAUCCCAUGUACAAACCUCAGAAGACGCUUUUGACGCCACAUAUGAAUCCAAAGCAUUUGGCAGUGAGUGCUUCGCCUGCCCACCUGAAGAAAACACAUUUAGGGAUGCCUCAAACGCUCCCUCGUCAUCGCGUGAAUUUUCUUGCGACGGCGUUGUUUCUCCCACCUCCUCCGGCCAUUGCUCUACUGACAGUGAACAUCGCGAUUCCGACUCUCCAAACUGCAUCUCCGGUGAUUACGGCCAAUACGACGAGUGUACCUAUUCGGACGAUGGGUACGAUGACUACGCCGGUGUCGAUUCCAGUAGGGGACGUCGUACCUUGUACCUGGAAUACUGGACCCGAACGGACGAAUGCAAGGAACGCAAAUGGGACCACUUGGACGAACUUGACGCCCAGCUUGAUGUGUCUCGCGAAGAACACAUUUAUCGAACGACGCUGCUCGGUAGAACGUCCUACAUGGAGCCUAACAUGUUUCCAUACGAUACCCCCAAAGGCAUCGAACACUGGACGCUGUGGAGCAGAUUGGAGAUGAACCACAACGACGUGCAAGAGUACGUGGAGGCCUGGAUCGAUCGGAAUGCCCCUCAUAUUGAGGCGUGGAACUACGAUGACAACCCCGAGCGUUCCAUCAAUAUUUUCCACGUUCACGUGUACUUGCAAGUCGGUGCUCCAACGUGCGACGGGGACUCGUCUGUCUUGCAGGGCCGGACAGUGGAGUCGUUGGCCCACUAAGCGCUGUCUAGCGCCAUAAUCUUAUUCUUAUUUAGGUCGUCGUGUU